AUGCUGGCCGAAAACACAUACGACGCGCUGCGGGAUGCGAUAUGGACGGACGACGUGGAACUUCUUCACCACCACAUGCGAUCUGGACGUGUUGAUGUCAACCACACGGACUCGGCGGGGCAAACGUUGCUGCAUCUGGCAGCGUUUUGGGGCCGCACGGAAAUGGUCCGCGUGCUCAUUUCGUUGGGGGGCAGUAUGAAGGCAAAGAACGCAACAGGAUGCACUGCACUAGACUUGGCGAUUCAUUGGGGCCAUUCAGCCACGGCAGAGGUCAUCCGACUUCGAGGAGGCACGAGCGUAUGGGAGGAAAAGAUGGGGUUGCUCCAGAUGCAGGUCGAGGACCUUACAACGUCCCUUGCCGACGUUGAGCGGCAAAAUCGAGACAAGGAGGCGAGUCUAGCUCAUCUUCGCGCCGAGAUUGUCGAGUUGCAUGCGCAUUGGGCUGAGGCCGUCGACACGUGCAACGCGCAAAUGUCCGAGCGCGACAAGGUCACGAACUUUGCCGCCAACUUGGAGAAAGCUGUUUCUCAACUGCAUCACGACGUUGAAAGUCUGAAGAAAGACUUGUACGACAGUCAAAUGGAAGGGUAUCGACUGGACAGGGCGCGAGAACAAGCAGAGCUGGAGCGUGAUGCCGCCGUAGAACAGCGCGGCCACGCUAUCCAAAGCCAGAACGCGGCGCUGGACGUCGUCUCGCAGCGAACCAAGGACUGGCAGGCGGCCGAACGCGCGGCCGUGAUCAUGGAAACUCAACGCAACCAGGCGUUCCGCGAGCGAGAUCAUAUUCAGCGCCGAUUGACAGCAGCAACGGUCGAGCUCGAAUUGCAAACCGAGCGGCUUGCGUACGCCCAGGCGGAGCAUCAGCGCAUUGAAGAAGAAGCUGCUGACUUUUUGCACGCAAAGCGCCAAGAAGAUAUCCGACUCAAGAGAGCAGCGAGAGCGCUGGAAGAGUUUUCCGCCGACAAGAAAGCUGCAGCUUUGGAGGCGGCCAGAGCGUUUAGCCAGCAGCAAGCGAACCGUCGACGUCAACUCGGUAUGGCACCGGCACGCGAGGACCGCCAUCGCCAACGCGCGCAGACCGCUGCCGCCGUAGAAACCCAACAGCAUCAGCAUGACUUGGCAUCGUUCGAGGCGGAGUUCGUCCACACAAUCAAGGCGUUUACGGAAGGAAGGGAAGCCAAGUGGACUCGAAUGAAGGCGCUCGAUCAACAGAGUCGAUUUGCAGCCGACCGUGCCGCGCUGCGCCCGUUAGCGCAGUUAAAGGUCCCAACAUCGCACUCGCGUGAGUCGACUCUCUCCAUUAUCGUGGCAACCUCACACCGUCGUCCACCUCCGUAG